AUGCGGUCGCCUGUGUUUGAAGCGGAGCUCUAUGGGCCGAUGAGGGAGACGAGGGCACAGCUCGUAACCAUCGAAGAGAUACAGCCUGAUGUCUUCAAGGCACUUCUCUAUUUCAUCUACAGUGAUGCAUUGCCAGCUGCUUUUGAUGAUCUUGAGAGGGAAGGUCAUAUUGAAAUGGUUCGGCACUUGCUAGUGGCCGCGGAUCGAUAUGCCAUGGAGAGGCUAAAGCUGUUAUGUCAAAGCCUCCUUUGCGAGAAUAUUAACGUGCAGACCGUGGCAACCACGUUGGGCUUGGCUGAUCAACAUCACUGUGACGAGCUUAAGGAUGCUUGCAUUGAAUUUAUGUCCACUUCACAGGAUAUGGAUGCUGUGGUGGCAACCCCUGGUUAUGAAAAUCUCAAAAGAAAUCGCCCUUAUAUCUUGGUGGAUGUAUUGGAGAGGUCUAGUAAGCUUCGCAAAACAUAG